GACUGUUUGGGGUAUAAAUACGGACUGCAAACACUAGUUGGACAUCACAUUCCACUGCUACUCCCAACAGCAAAACAAACCCACAAAUCCUCAACAUGUUCAAAUACGCCGUUGUUAUCUUCGCCAUCGUCGCUGCCGUCUCUGCCAAGCCUGGUAUACUCCGGGGCAGUCCCCUGGCUUACAAUGCUCCAUUGGUAGCUGCUGCUCCCGCUGCAGUGGUCGCAGCUCCUGCUCCUUAUGUGACUGCCACCAGCAGCCAGGUCAUCGCCCGCAACUACAAUGGCAUCGCCGCUGCUCCAGUGAUCGCUCCAGUUGCUGCUCCAGUCAUCGCCAAGUACGCAGCUGCUCCAUUGGCAGCUCCUCUGGCCGCUCCAUUGGCAGCUGCUCCAGUGGCUGCUCCAGUCAUCGCCAAGUAUGCUGCUGCUCCAUUGGCUGCUCCUUUGGCAUACAGCUCGCCUUUGACUUAUGCUGCUCCUGCUCCAGUUCUUUUGUAA